AUGUUUGUGACGCAGUGUCUCGAUACAAGAUGCCUCUGCAACCAAAGAGACUACCAGACGUCCCUUUUCCAGUGUCUUUAUUCUCAAUGCGACUCGAAUCGAUACGGCCCAGCCCUCAGCCAUUCCAUCUCACUUUGUAUGAGCUAUGGCGCUGAGAUCUACAUGGUUGCUCCCGGUGUGGUGGGUGACGAGCUGCUGCGGUCUCGGGAAGAAGACUACUUGGCCGGGCGAGAAGUCAAGCCAGUUCCAGGCCUCCAACUGAGACAGGAGAGUGUUGCGGGCAUAGGAACGAUGACGGUUACUAUCACCGUCACGGACUUCAUAACGGUGUCCUACUCGCUCAUCACCUACACCCCGACCUCACCUCGCCCCAGCCCGUUCCUCGAGACAACGCAUGCAGCGGAAGUAACUACUUCCUCGUUAAGCAGGCCUUGGGUGAUCCCUGUAUCAGAAGGCACUGAAGGGGCUCGGUCGAGACCGUCUUUCUUCGGACUUGUAUUGUGGGUCGCGUCUGUAAUCAUGCUCGAUUGCUGGAUGGACAUGAGCAAUCACUAG